AUUGGGCGGUAUCCUGCCAGCUGCGUCUCGACCAAAAAUAGGCAGAAAAAAAGCUACUAGAACCCCUGCAUCAGCACCGGUCAUGAAACUACCGUAGAUAAUACGGUGGCUGGUCAAUGAAUGGCAUGGUUGAACAACUGAACCACGGUGUAAUUGGAUUACUGUGCUGAGGACGCUCCCAGUCUAUUGCCUGCAAACUGCUGGUAGUCCAAGCCAUGUCGUGGUUGUGGCCCCUGCUCCCUGCCCUGGUACUCUUUUCUGUGUUGUCUGUGGUUCGAGUACAGACUGCACCAUGCCAGACCUGCCGCAAGCUCACUGACAGCUUCAUCAAGGGACUGGAUAAAACAUCCAAUAAGAAUCUUGGGGGUGGCAACACUGCUUGGGAGGAGGAAAAUCUGGCUAAAUAUGCUCGCAGUGAAACCAGGUUGCUGGAGAUAGUGGAGGCAGCGUGUGAGAAAUCAGACUUAGACUGUAACAAACUGCUGGAGCAGAUAGAGGACCAAGUGGAGACAUGGUGGUUCCACCGGCAGCAAGAGGCUCCAGACCUAUUUGAGUGGUUGUGUAUAGAAGAGCUCCCGCUCUGCUGUCCCCCGGGACAUUUUGGACCAGACUGCAAAGAGUGUCUGUCUGGUCCUGGAGGGGUGUGUGGUGGUCUGGGCCGCUGUGAAGGAGAGGGCACGCGUCUGGGAGAUGGAGAGUGCGUGUGUGACCCGGGGUACUUCGGUCAGCUGUGUCAGAGCUGUGCAGACGGCUAUUACAGAGAGAAGAGCUCCAAUCACAGCACACCAGCCUGCGCAGCAUGCUACCGCUCUUGUAAAAAGUGCUCAGGGCCAGAGAACUACAAAUGUCUGGAAUGCAAACCUGGGUGGCUCUUCCAUGACAACAAGUGUGUUGACACUGAUGAGUGUGGCACAGAGCUGGCUCGAUGUUCCUCCAACACCUAUUGCCACAACACAGAUGGAUCGUACGAGUGCAGAGGCUGUGACCAGGCAUGUGUGGGCUGUAUGGGCAGUGGUCCAGCCCGCUGUAAGAAAUGUGCUCGGGGCUACAAGCUCAGAGGAGCCAAAUGUCUCGAUGUGGAUGAGUGUAGUGAGAGGGCGAUAGCAUGUCCAGGGCUGAAUGAGGCAUGUUUCAAUGACGAGGGGUCCUUCCGCUGUGAAUGUGCUGACGGCUUCAUUCGUAGAGACAGCAUCUGUGUGGAGAACCAUCCGCUGAGUGGUCCAGAGAAGGGUCUGUUUGAUGAUAUGACUGAUGACGAGGUCCUGGUCCUCCAGCAGAUGUUCUUUGGCGUGGUCAUCUGUGCCCUAGCAACGCUCGCCGCCAAGGGCGACAUGGUCUUUACCGCCAUCUUCAUCGGGGGCGUGGCCGCCAUGGCCGGAUACUGGCUGUCAGAAAAGGGCGACCGCAUGCUGGACGGCUUCCUAAAGGGACGCUAGCCUACCAGGAGCUAGGGAUACAGGACAGAGGAAAGAACUCUUGAAUGCAAACCAAUGAGGGCGACAAAGACUGAGGGGUGACGGCUACAGGAAUGCUAGCCAAUCAGGGAUGUACUAUACUAUUUUGGGGGUGUUGGCUUGGGAUGAUUGUGGGUCUUCUGGAUUGUGAACCUUUGAGAUAAGAGACCUUGGAGCUUAGUGAAAUUAGAGAGCUCAAUGGAGGAAUGAAUAUAGAAGACCGGGUACUACUUGAUCCAAGAACACUGAAAAGACACUGGACUGUCUUUCUGCACUGAUAUGGGAGACCAAGCCUCUUGCCUCAACUCAUGGAAUCCCCCCAAAAAACAUUUCCACUGAAUUUCAGCCGUGACCCAAAAGGACCAGCUGACAUGAUUCUCUCGUUAACACAGGUGUGAGUGUUGACGAGGACAAGGCUGGAGAUCACUCUGUCAUGAUGAAAAGGGAGGGAGUGCAGGUCGGAUAAGACCACUACUGAUUGUUACCAAGUUAUUAUGCAUUUGUAUCUUCUACUGAGCAAAAUAUUGCUCCAAAAUGAUGUCUGUCCAUUUCCACACAUCCCAACCCAAACUUCUUAGCUAUACCCCUCUUACGUCAUCAGUAUUCUACUGUUCAUCAUUUCACCGUAUACUGAGGAACAGCGGCGUUUCCCUGGUAAUGGAAGGUGAUAUGGGAUGGUCAGUGGGGUGUUGAAGCACUAAAGACUGCUGCUAUAGUGGACAUGGGAAAUGUGUAGGAAAGGACAGAUGCUCCCUGUUGCACCAGUGAAAUUAUGUCCAAUGUUAUAACACUAUUUAUAAUCGCGUCCCUAUUAUGACUGUUUUUGCACAAACGUAUUCUUACUGUAUGAAUGCAUGAGAAAGGCGAUACUGUAUGUAUUUAUUAUCCUGAUAGGCAUGAACUUUAUAGAACUGCUUGUUUCCCCCUUAAACUGAUCAACCAGGAUACAAGGAUCAUCACUUCUGUGUCACCACCCCAAACCCUUGUGCCUGAGCAGUGUGCAAGAGAGUAAAAGGCAGCAGUCCUAGUGAAGAUGUCACCCAUUGUAUUUGUUUUGCAAUAAUUCAUUUCUGAUUUUUUUUUUGCAAAAACCUUUUAAAGAUUUUUAUUCUGUAUCUGUUUGAUAUGUGUGUGAUCAGCACCAGGCAAAAUGGGGUACUGUACAGUCGUGGCCAAAAGUUGAGAAUGACACAUACAUUUUCACAAAGUCUGCGGCCUCAGUUUGUAUGAUGGCACUUUGCAUAUACUCCAGAAUGUUAUGAAGAGUGAUCAGAUGAAUUGUAAUUAAUUGCAAAGUCCCUCUUUGCCAUGCAAAUGAACUGAAUCCCCAAAAAACAUUUCCACUGAAUUUCAGCCGUGACCCAAAAGGACCAGCUGACAUGAUUCUCUCGUUAACACAGGCGUGAGUGUUGACGAGGACAAGGCUGGAGAUCACUCUGUCAUGAUGAUUGAGUUCGAAUAACAGACUGGAAGCUUCAAAAGGAGGGUGGUGGUUGGAAUCAUUGUUCUUCCUCUGUCAACCAUGGUUACCUGCAAGGAAACACAUUCCGUCAUCAUUGCUUUGUACAAAACGGGAUUCACGGGCAAGGAUAUUGCUGCCAGUAAGAUGCACCUAAAUCAACCAUUUAUCAGAUCAUCAAGAACUUCAAAGGAGAGCGGUUCCGUUGUUGUGAAGAAGGCUUCUGGGCGCCCAAGAAAGUCCAGCAAGCACCAGGACCGUCUCCUAAAGUUGAUUCAGCUGCGGGAUCGGGGCACCACCAGUACAGAGCGUGCUCAGGAAUGGCAGCAGGCAGGUGUGAGUGCAUCUGCACGCACAGUGAGGCAAAGACUUUUGGAGGAUGGCCUGGUGUCAAGGGCAGCAAAGAAACUACUUCUCUCCAGGAAAAAUAUCAGGGACAGACUGAUAUUCUGCAAAAUAUUGGACUGCUGAGGACUGGGGUAAAGUCAUUUUCUCUGAUGAAUCCCCUUUCCGAUUGUUUGGGGCAUCCGGAAAAAAGCUUGUCCGAAGAAGACAAGGUGAGCGCUACCAUCAGUCCUGUGUCAUGCCAACAGUAAAGCAUCCUGAGACCAUUCAUGUGUGGGGUUGCUUCUCAGCCAAGGGAGCUGGCUCACUCACAAUUUUGCCUAAGAACACAGCUAUGGAUAAAGAAUGGUACCAACACAUCCUCAGAGAGCAACUUCUCCCAACCAUCCAGGAACAGUUUGGUGACGAACAAUGCCUUUUCCAGCAUGAUGGAGCACCUUGACAUAAGGCAAAAAUGAUAACUAUGUGGCUCGGGGAACAAAACAUUGAUAUUUUGGGUGCAUGGCCAGGAAACCCCCCAGACCUUAAUCCCAUUGAGAACUUGUGGUCAAUCCUCAAGAGGUGGGUGGACAAACAAAAACCCACAAAUUUUGACAAACUCCAAGCAUUGAUUAUGCAAGAAUGGGAUGCCAACAGUCAGGAUGUGGCCCAGAAGUUAAUUGACAGCAUGCCAGGGUGGAUUACAGAGGUCUUGAAAAGAAGGGUCAACACUUUAAAUAUUGACUCUGCAUCAACUUCAUGUAAAUUGUCAAUAAAAGCCUUUGACGCUUGUAAUUGUACUUCAGUAUUCCCUAGUAACAUCUGACAAAAAUAUCUAGACACUGAACCAGCAAAGUUUGUGGAAAUAAAUUUGUCUCAUUCUCAAAACUUUUUUGCCACGACUGUACAAAGCACAAGUGUAUUUUAUCAGAACUGUGUCAACAUGUGCAUCCACUCAAUCCCAAUACGUUGUUCCACCCUCAUCCUGAGUAUCUACUAAAGCUAGUGCGCUUAGAAUAAAACAUUUAUUCAAAUUAUAUUUUUUCAUUUUCAAUAAUCUUUUUAUUUUAUUUUUAAUCAUGUCCUUAGGUUCCAGAACCAGUAUGUGUGUAUGUUAGGCCUAAGAUUCCCAGCUGCACUUACUUGCAUUAUGACCAUUUUUUUUCCCCCAGAGUGCUAUUUUCUUUACAAUAUCCUUUCACCAUUUUUAUUUGACAUGUUGAAAUGAACUAAAAGCAAUUUAAUUUGAACUACUGCUGCUCAUUGCUGAAGACCUUACUAAAACACUGCUGUUGCAUGUAGGCGAUAGAUGAAAGCCAUUUAAGGAAACAGACCGCUGCACCACUCAGAAGCUACUAUCUAAGACACUGCAUCUAGAAGUGUCACUACAGACCCUGGUUCGAUUCCAGCCAGUAUCACAACUGGCCGUGAUUGGGAGUCCCAUAGGGCGGCACACAAUUGGUCCAGCGUCGUUAGGGUUUGGCUGGGGUAGGCCGUCAUUGUAAAUAAGAAUUUGUUCGUAACUGACUUGCCUAAUUAAAUAACCCUAAAAAUAGUGAAGUCCCCUAUAAAGCUAGCUAUGGAAAAAGAGAAUGUGUGAACAGGUGUGUGCUUCUAUUUCAGUGUGCCGCUCCAAUUAAUGGGGUUGUGGCGUAGCAGUUCUCUCUCCAUCAGGGCCUCCUGAGAGCGAAUCAGUGCCCUGUCCAUCCAGCUCUGUUCCAUCAGCUAUACCACACACACAAAAUAGAAGAGUAUGAGUAAAAAAAUAUCACAUUAGGACAAAGUCAGUGGAGACUGCUGAGUGGAGGACAGCACGUAAUAAUGGCCGGAACAGAGCAAAUGAAAUGCCAUCAAACAUGAUACCAUUCUGCUCCAGCCAUUAGUACGUAGUGUGUGUGUUAGUGUUCCCCAACUGGCGGCCCGUGGGUUGUUUUAUUUGGCCCCCCAAGUUGUCUGGAAAAAAAUAUAUAUAUAUAUAUUGAUAAAGUUUUUAAACUUUUUAUUGUUGGACAGAGACUGUAAAAACACCAGGAAAUCAGCUCCAAGUGAUUUUAAUUUAAGAAAUCUGUUCAAGUAUUCCACACAUAAGAGACAUGUGGAUCGUAUACAAAUAAGCAAGGUUUAAAAUAAUUGUUUUAGUCAAACAUCUCUAGGCUUCUUGCGGUCAAUAUGCAGUCUACAAAUGAUUUGUAAUUAUGUUUAUAUUUUACAUUUUAGUUGACACUUAUCCAGAGCGACUUACAUGAGCAAUUAGGAUUAAGUGCCUUGCUCAAGGGCACAUUUACAGAUUUUUCACCUAGUCGGCUCUGGGAUUCAAACCAGUGACCUUUGAAUUACUGGCCCAACACUCUUAACCGCUAGGCUACCUGCUGACCCUGCCUGUUCCGGCCCCCCGACCAUCCGCUAGUUGAUGAUCCCUGGUGUAUUACCUUCUUGUUCUCAUCUCUGUAGUGGCUCAUCGCUCUGCUGUGCUGGAUCCUCUGCUGUUUCUCACUGGACAGAGCCAAGCGAUCCACUUCCUGUAAAAACUCAGCCUCCUCUGCCUUACUGGUCAACUUCAGCAUCAGCCCCGCCCUCUUCUCCUCCAUCUGCCUCUUCAGCUGCUGACGUACCUCCGAUCUGGAAAAUCGAGAGAUUUAUAAACAAUAUGACGGAAGCCAGAAUCCCACCUAGAUAUGGGAGGGAAAUGAAUCAUUCAGACGAGGAUGCUUUUACCUGUACUCCUCUCUUUCAGUGCAAGAUCCGUAGAAUGGCUUCCGCCACACCUGGUGAUACCUAACAAAGCCCCAGAGAAAAAAUAUUAAUUGGCAGAAAUGUGACAUUCAUAUUAUCGGUAAUUUGUAGUUUUCUCCAAAGUGUCAGAAAAUGCAGAAACAGACUGGCAUCAGGGUUUAUGUUUUACUACUGGAGUCACCUAUAGUGCUCCUUUCUCUGCAUAACCAGUGCCCUCUGGUGGUUGUGGUGAUGCACAGCAGGGGUCUCCAGGCUGACAGUCCGUCUAUUGGCCAGAGGAGGAUGGAGGGGGUCCAGUCUGGGGACAGACUGCCGACCAGAUAGGAAGUUCACUCGGCAGGCCAAAAUAUUUAUAACACUUGAAUUUGCUUUAUCUUAGAGUCAAUGCACACCUGGCUGACUGGCAGUACUGCCGAGGCAGGUGAGAUGAUGAUGGGCAAUGUCAGGGGAGUGACCAUAAGGUAGCGACUUUGGCGGACAGGUGUGGAUCGAGGAAUAGACAGAGUUGUGGAAUUCAAGCAAACAGCAGCUGUGGUAAUGAAAAGAAUAAUGCACAGUAUAAACAUUGAACGGUUUAAAUAAUCAAACAUGCACAGUUCAAACUGAUAGAAAACCAUUCAUUAAAAACAAUUUAAAACGUCAAA